CUGAAAGGAAGAGCCCCUCGCCUGGCUCCCUCAGCAUCACUAGGGCUCCCCAGGAGAUCUGGACACAGGCAACUCCAAAGACAGCUGAAGGGAAACAUGACCACCCUUUCUCCAGAAAACAGCCUCUCGGCGAGGCAGUCAGCCACCUUCAUCCUGGAGAAGAGAAAACCUCCGAUUGACAAGACGGAAUGGGACAGCUUCUUUGAUGAGAAUGGUCACUUGGCCAAGUCUAGGGACUUCAUUUGUGUUAACAUCCUGGAAAGGGGUCUACACCCCUUCGUGAGGACGGAAGCCUGGAAAUUCCUCACAGGCUACUAUUCAUGGCAGAGUUCCCAGGAUGAACGGCUCAUGGUGGACAGCAACAGAAGGAGGAACUACAAAGCCUUGUGCCAGAUGUAUGAGAAAAUCCAGCCCCUGCUGGAAAACUUGCAUGGGAACUUCACAGAAACUAGGAACAACAUCGCAUAUGACAUCCAGAGACUCUAUGACAAAGAUCCCCUGGGCAAUGUGCUUGUGGACAAGAAGAAACUGGAGAAGACCCUGCUGCUGAGUUAUGUCUGCAACACGAAGGCUGAGUACCAGCGAGGCUUCCAUGAGAUGGUGAUGCUCUUCCAGCUGAUGGUGGGGCAUGAACAUGAGACCUUCUGGCUCUUCCAGUUCUUCCUGCAGAAAACAGAGCACAGCUGUGUCAUCAACAUCGGGGUAGGCAAGAACCUGGACAUGCUUAACAGCGUGAUCACUUUACUGGACCCUGAAUUUGCUGAACACCUCAAAGGGAAGGGCUCAGGAGCUGUGCAGUCUCUCUUCCCCUGGUUCUGCCUCUGCUUCCAGCGUGCCUUCAAAUCCUUCGAUGAUGUCUGGAGGCUCUGGGAGGGUGUCCUGGUCUCAGACCACAGGGCUGAGGCCUGCUGGUGCCCACAGGUCUUGCUGACCGGGAAGCCCUGCAGGAAUUUCCAGGUGCUGGUGGCCUACAGCAUGCUACAGAUGGUGCGUGAGCAGGCGCUGCUAGAGAGUAUGAGUGGAGAUGCCAUCCUCCUGGCCUGCAACAACCUCAUCGACCUUGAUGCUGAUGAGCUGAUCUCUGCUGCCUGCAUGGUUUAUGCUGAGCUCAUGCAAAAGGAGGUUCCUCAGCCAUUAAAGGAUUUCUUUCUCUGAGAACACCAGCGCUCACAAUGGACACAUGCCCUCAAUGGAUGAAGGCAAUUCUUCAGCCAUGCGGUUAGGGUCAAGUUCAAUGAGUAUUGGGAUGAGGGCAUGGACAAUACAACACAUGGAAACAGUCUUUGAAGUAUUGGUUUGUGGUGGUCACAAGUCUUUUUUGACCUUGGAGUGCAUGAUAGUUGAGACCAUAUAGUAAGUGAACAGACCACUGUGAGACUAUGGAGAAGGCAUCCUGGGAUGGGACGGGUGGGACAGCCACCCUUCCUGACCAGCUUUGGAGCCUCCCAGACACUUGCCACAGACAAGAGUGAACACACAGAAAUGACUACAUCUGGACUCAAGUUCUAAGGGCAGAUGAGCUCUGGCCUUUGCCUCUGUUCCCCUCACUCUCAACAUAGUCCUCACAUUCUCUCCCACACCCUAGACUUCCCACCAACUCUAGAAGAACCAACUGAAAUCUCUGGCCAUCAGGCUGUCCCCUCCUGGUCUCAAAGUCCUCCUCAUAACUCUAUCUUUAUUCCUCCACCUCCAACUGUCUCCUUGAUCGAAGUUGGGCUUCCCAGACUUCCUCAUCCUCUCCUGAGACUUCAUUCUGCCCUUGCCCAGGAAACUCUUCUCUCCUGGGGCAAUUGGCUCAGGUCUCCCAGGCCUUGCCAUAGCCCUCAAGCUCCAUGAGGUGAGCCAUUGUGCCAGUAGGCAUGGAAAAGGGGAUGGACCUACAGAGGGGUUGGUGUUGGCUGGGUGCCCCAGAGUUGCACAUCAGCAAACACACACACACACACACACACACACACACACACACACACACA